GUGAGGCAACCUGAGAACACAAAAAGAAAGAGAUCAACAAUGGGUACAAAAAAUAUGGGUUUUAUUUUAGGGCUUAUAGGUUUCUUGUUCCUCGAUGGACUUCUCCUUUGCAUGGCUCGUGAAGUCCAUCAUUAUGAUUUUGUCCUUCAAGAAGCCAAUUUUACGAGGCUAUGUAGCACAAAGAGCAUGUUGACUGUGAACGGCAGUUUCCCAGGUCCAACAAUUCAGGCUCGUAGAGGCGACACCGUGUUCGUUAAUGUCAUCAAUCAAGGGAGAUAUGGUGUCACAAUUCACUGGCAUGGAGUGAAGCAGCCAAGGAAUCCGUGGUCAGAUGGUCCUGAGAACAUAACGCAAUGUCCAAUUGCAGCAGGAACCAACUUCACUUAUGAGGUGAUUUUGUCCGAUGAAGAAGGAACCCUUUGGUGGCAUGCCCAUAGUGAUUGGACUCGUGCCACAGUCCAUGGCGCCAUUAUUAUUUUACCUGCUGUUGGAAAAACUUAUCCAUUUCCUACGCCUUACAAGGAACAGACAAUCAUACUAGGUUCCUGGUUCAAGGCAGACGUAAUGGCGAUGAUACAAAAUUCUAUCGAAACUGGCUCCACACCCAGUAACUCUGAUGCUUUCACAAUCAAUGGUCAACCAGGGGACUUAUAUGAGUGCUCUAACGAGACAACAUAUCGAUUACCGGUUCAAUCUGGCAAAACUUAUCUUCUUCGCAUUGUAAAUGCUGUGAUGAAUGAAGAACAAUUUUUCGGAAUCGCAAACCACAGCCUCACUGUUGUUGCGCAAGAUGCAGCAUACAUAAAACCAAUAAACACCACUUAUAUAAUGAUAACUCCUGGACAAACAAUGGACGUUUUGUUCACCGCAAACCAGAAUCUCAACCACUAUUACAUGGCUUCAACUCCUUACGUCGAUAGCGGUAUUCGAUUUCCCAACACCACCACCACAGCCAUUGUUCAAUAUGAAGGCAACUAUUCUGCCUCUUCAUCUCCUUUCUUCCCAACCCUUCCAAGUAACACUGACAUAGAUUCUGCACAAAACUUUACUAACCAAAUAAAGAGCUUAGCCAGUAAAGAACAUCCAAUCAAUGUUCCCAAAAAUAUCAGCACGCGAAUCUAUAUAGCAGUUUCUUUGAAUCGGUUGUUGUGUGUCAACGACUCAUGUGAUACCGGAACUGGUGAUAGACAAGCCGCCAGCUUAAAUAAUAUCAGUUUCGCGACUCCUCAAAUCGAUAUACUGCAAGCAUACUACAGGAAUUUGACGAACGGAACAUUCGACCGUGAUUUCCCAAACGAGCCACCGAAUUUUUUCAACUUCACAGGAGAUGUGUCAAACGUAUCAGCGUUCACAACCCAAGGGACAAAGGCAAGGAUGAUAAAUUAUGGUGAAGUAGUGGAAAUUGUCCUCCAAGGGACUAGUCUCGGGAAUGCAGCUUCAAGUCAUCCAAUACAUUUACAUGGUUUCAGCUUCUAUUUGGUUGGAACGGGUCCAGGAAAUUACAACAACGUGACCGAUCCACUCUCUUAUAAUUUGGUUGAUCCACCAGAAGUUAACACCAUUAACCUUCCAAGAAAUGGAUGGGCUGCAAUUCGGUUUUUAGCUGACAAUCCUGGAGUGUGGUUUAUGCAUUGUCAUUUGGAAAGGCAUUCAACAUGGGGUAUGGACACAGUUUUCAUUGUGAAGAAUGGGCGUUACAGCAACCAGAGCAUGCUGCCACGUCCCGCUUACAUGCCUCCUUGCUCUUAAUUAAUAAAGUGGCCUUAGCUUCUACUUAAUUAAAAGAUUUCGAUUUUAGUAAUAAUUGACAAAACAUAAAUAGUGUUUUGUGAUAAAUAAUUUGUAUUUGUAUUGAUGGGACCAUCAUUUUUUUUAAUGAAAUAUAAAAUAUUCUCUUAUUCUUGAAA